GUGGAUUAACCAACGCGUUUUACUUUCUACCGGUGCGGUUUUUGUUUGCUUGAACAAUUUGAUAAUUUAAUGUAAUUACGGUUUAAAUGCAUAUAAUCGAAGAAUGCAUUCAUCGGAGACCAACAUGACCGAGGAUCAGGAUGUGAGCACUUGCCGUCUGUGCCACCGUGAAACGGAUCCCAAUUCGCUAAACAUUUUCGAUGGCACUGUGGAGUUUUGCCAGGAUUUGUCUGUUGCAGAGGUUUCCCAGGGUCUCUGGAGCGUUCAGUACGAUCGCCACGAAUGUUUGUCGGAGCUCAUUUGCUCAAGGUGUCUGGAGAUCCUGAAAGAUGCUUUCGAACUGCGAAGACGGAUGCAGGAGCAGGAACAGUCCCUGCAGGAGCAGCUGAUGGAGCUGAUUAAAGAUGAUCCCAAGUACCGUCCAGGCUUAAACGGCAACCCCGGAUUAUUUGUGCCCGAGGAGGGCUGCAUUAUUGUGGACGUCGAUCCAGAGAAGCUGGCUGAGAGCAGUGAAGAUGAGUUCGCACUUGGCUCCGACGGGGAAUACGAUAACUAUGACGACGAUGAUGAUGAGGAGGAGGAAGACUUUGAUGAGGAGGACGAAGAAGAUGGCCAGAACGGCGAUGACGUCGACAUGCCACUGGGCAUGGAUGCGGCCCAGAUGGCGGCUCAAAAGACCGUUGCCACCAACGCCAACACCACAGAGGCACGGCCCAAACGGGCGUUCCUUUGUCAAUACUGUGAUCUGGGCUUCACCCUGCCCGCCGACUGUCAAGAGCACGAGCGGACAGCACAUGAUCCUAACGCGCCGUACUGCUGCACCUACUGCAAUCUUAAGCUGGUUACCCGGCCCGCUUUGAUUUCGCACAUUAAGACGCUGCAUGAUCCGGAGCGUCCGUAUGUGUGUGCCCACUGUCGGAAGGGAUUUGUGCGCCGCUCCGAUCUGAAAAAGCACACAAUCGUGCAUACUGGCGUCAGGCCCUACACAUGCAACGUUUGCUCAAAGAGUUUCUCGCGGAACACCAAUCUGACCAAGCACAUGCGCAUUCACAGCGGUGUCAAGCCGUUUGUUUGCCAGCAGUGUCCGCGGUCCUUCCAGACGGCAGUGGAAAUGAUGCGCCAUACCCGAUCCCACGGAGAGGUAAAGGCUUUCCAAUGUGGCCGCUGCCCUUACUCGUUUUCGCGCAAGGAUAAACUACUCGCCCAUCAGCAAGUCCACACCAGGCGGGACGUAGAGCAGCAGCAGCAUAUGGGCCUAAUUCCCCCGAUGGAGGGUGACCUGCAGCAGCAGGCGUUUCAGGCAAAACAAAAGGCUCCUGUACAAACCAAAAACUCGCGCAAUUACCGAUGCGAUGUCUGCGAUCGAACUUUUCAACGGGAGAGGGACCUGCAACGCCAUCGAGCUCUUCACAUGGACUCGCUGUUCGCCUGCAAGAUAUGCAAUCAAGGUUUCAACCGACGCGAGCAACUGCAGCGCCAUGAACUGGAGGCCCAUGGGCCCAGCUUUACGUGCGGAAUCUGCUGCAUUAGCUUCCUGCAUCAAAUCGAGCUGGAGAAUCACCUCAAGGUUCAUCAGUUGCAGCACAAGAUGGCCCAGCGGGCUCAAGAGGCUUCAAUUUUGCCCCUGAAAAUGCCCGAACAGGCUCCAGUGGCUAUGGCAGCUCCGGUAGUUCAGGAACCCCAGCCAAUGCGACCUUCGGCAGCGGAACUGUCGUUCUACAGCAACAUGAUUCCCACAAUGAAUCUGGGCUUCUAUAGCGAGACUCGUCCCGAGGAGUAGAAUUACAUAUUUACAUAUUUAACAAGCUUAGUUGAUAGGUUGGAAAAGUUUUGUAGGUCAUGGCUGUUUUAGUCGUUCAGGUCAACUUAGGUUCCAUCGACGGAAAUGGAUCUGUAUAGUUUAAGUCAUCUGACUAAUGUCUGCCAAAAUUUAGACUAGCGGUUUUUAAUAAAAGGCCAAACGUGAAAAAGUUA